AUGGAUCUGUUUAAGCACGGUAUGAAGGGUCCAACAAGGCCAGCUCCAUCUGUGCCUGUACUGAAUGGUGUGAAUCGUUAUUCACCGGUUACAAACUGGAAUGAUGAUCCUUUUGGGGCAGAUGUUUUUGAACCAUCUCCUCAGUAUGCACAAAAGAAGAAGCCACCACCACGGCCACCACCACCGAAGCUUUCUAGACAACCUGAUAUCCCAGCAAAGCCUUCCCAUUUCAUAAGAAAGCCCACAGUCCUAUCAUCACUCUUAUCACGUAGCAAAGCUGCAGUAAAUCAACAAAAUACUAGUGUUAAGCAACAGACUAUGUUAACCGAAAUAAAUAGUGAAGUGGAUACAAGUAAAAUGUUUCCUAAGUGUGAAACCCGGAAUGUGCAAACAGGGGCUCUGAUUGAUCUGUCUUCACCGCCCAGUUCACCAACAUUUACAACACGGUCAAGUAGUGAUGGGCUUAGUGUAGAUAGCUUUGGUUCAGAUGCUACCACUUCUACAAACCAACACAAUCUUCUCAAUAGUGGUAAUGUGUCACAGCCUGAGAGUGGCUUUGAAGAUGAUUUUGAUUUAUUUUUAAACAAUAGAAAACAUAUAAACAAAGAAGAUACUUUAGACGAUUUGGCUUCAGUGGACCCUUUUUCACCACAGCCUGUACUGCAAAAGCCCUCCAUCAGGAAGAGACCGGUUUUAUGUACAGUUCCAUUUGAUUUAACAAGUAAUACUCAGACUACUUAUCCAGUAUUGAAUGGCCCUACGAUAAUACGUGCAAAACCAGCAAGACCUAAGCCACCAGAGAAUUCUGCAAUUCUGAAAAGUACAUUUGGAAGCAGUUUACCUAUCACUUCAAUGAAUGUGAACACAACAGUGCCUAUUCAGAAAAUCAGUAGUGGAUUUGGAGACAGUUUUGAUUCAAAGCCGUUCAGUUGGGAUCACGAGAGUUCUCCUGAACGGGAGGCGUCGCCCCCCAUGCCGACAAUACCACCCCCUCCGCCGCCACUAGUCUCCGACGAUGACUUAGUCCCUUGGCCAGAAGACGCUCAAGAGUUCUUGGCGGAGAACCAUUUAGAAGGUCUUGGAGUAGAGGAUGACAACAAAGAGCCAUACGCUAUAGCGUUAUUCGACUAUUUUACCGAUCACGAAGAGGAUUUAUGUUUUUCGGCCAACUCGAAGAUAUAUCUAAUAAGGCGAAUCAACGAUGAAUGGCUAUGCGGGAGGUUAAGAAACGGCGUUCAGGGUCUUUUUCCAGCCAAUUACGUAGAGAUCAAGGUGCCCCUGCCCAAUGAGACUGUACUGAAGUCUAACUUCGGAGUCGCCACUGCGAUAUACGGCUUUGAACCUGUACAACCUGGAGACUUAAGGUUUAGCGCAGGCGAUACCAUCGACGUCAUGCAUAAGUUGAACGAUGAAUGGUACUUCGGAGAGUGUAAAGGUCUGAAAGGGCAGUUUCCUGCGAAUUAUGUGCAAAUGAGUUGA